AUGGGCCUGACCGGCGCCUGCCUCCCCGAUGCCCCCGCCGCGCCGCCGGGGCGCCGAAGGCUCGCGCUGCCGCUGCUGCUGCUGCUGCCGCUGCUGCUCAUCAUGCUCUCCGUGUGGCUCUGCAUGGUCUACUCGUGCGCCGCCGCCUCCUCGCCCGCGCUGCUGCUGCCGCCGCUCGCCUCCGCCGCCCCUGCCCCUGCCCGGCCCGCGCUCGCCCAGCCGCCGCCGCCGCCGCCAGCCCCCGGGGCCCCGCAGGAGGACGACGACGAGCCCGAGGACGAGGCGCCCGGCCCCUGCCUGGCCAGCUUGCCCAACGGCGCCGGCACCAAGCGGCUGCCCCAGGCGCUCAUCGUGGGCGUCAAGAAGGGCGGCACCCGCGCGCUGCUCGAGUUCCUGCGCGUCCACCCCGACCUGCGCGCCGUGGGCGCCGAGCCCCACUUCUUCGACCGCAACUACGCGCGGGGCCUCGCCUGGUACAGAGAUUUGAUGCCAAGAACACUUGAUGGGCAGAUCACCAUGGAGAAAACUCCCAGCUACUUUGUCACCAAGGAAGCGCCUGCUCGCAUUUCUGCCAUGUCAAAGGGCACCAAGCUCAUUGUGGUGGUGAGAGACCCAGUUACAAGAGCCAUUUCUGACUACACACAGACUCUGUCCAAGAAGCCCGACAUCCCCACUUUCGAGAGUCUGACCUUCAAGAACAGGAGUACAGGCCUCAUUGAUACCGCCUGGAGUGCCAUCCAGAUUGGCAUUUAUGCCAAGCAUCUGGAAAAUUGGCUCCUAUAUUUCCCUAUUAGGCAGAUCCUCUUUGUCAGUGGGGAAAGGCUAAUCAGUGACCCUGCUGGCGAGUUAGGCCGGGUACAGGACUUCUUGGGUCUCAAAAGGAUCAUCACAGAUAAACACUUCUACUUCAACAAGACCAAGGGCUUCCCAUGUCUGAAAAAGGCAGAAGGCAGUAGCAAGCCUCAUUGCCUUGGCAAAACAAAAGGGCGGCCCCAUCCUAAGAUCGACCAGAAGGUGGUCCAGAGGCUACGAGAGUUCUACAGACCUUUCAACAUGAAGUUCUACCAGAUGACUGGGCAAGACUUCGGCUGGGAUUAAUGGUUAAUGUGGAAGCCCUUGCAAGUUAAUCCAACCAUUCUUCUUGAUUCUCCCUAUAUGUAGAUAGGUCUAUAUGUAAAAUGUACAGAAAUCUAUUUUAUAAUAAUUUAUUUUUAAUUCUUAAGCAAUUAAUUCACUAAGCUGCCUAACCAUACUGUAGCCGAUACCUGUGUUUUAACAUUCCGCAAUGUUAAAUCUUGAAUGAGCAUAUUGCUGUUUGGUUGCCUGGUUCAGAUUGUAAUGGGAAAGUGCUUCCAUGUAUUUUCCUGGCAGAAAGUUAAUAUUUUUUUAAGGAAUGCAGGUAUAUAAAGGAGAAUUGAUUUUUUAAAAGCACAAUUAUUUUCCAAUACGGGUACUAGGCCUUUUGAAACACUUUUGUGUGAGGUCUCCUGUCUUCCCUCUUCACCAAUCACUUUACAUGCAAACAGAGGUUUUAGUUGACAUUGAAGUAAGAGACUUUGCAAGUUAUCUCAUGGAACUCAAGCAUUAGGCCUAGCUUAAGCAGCUGCCCUUACAGGUGGGUGUGGCACAUGUGUGCAGAAGGAUACACUCUCCAGCCAUAUAGCUGCUGCCUGUGCCCCGGCUAUGCUUGGCUUGGUCCUCCAUUUCCACACUGGCUUUUCAACAAGGUGUAAGGUUUGAUGCUUGAACUUCUGCCAUUUCUUUCCUCCAUACCAUGUGCUGAAAAUAGUCUCCUUUCAUUUAAGCAAAUGUCUUGAGCUGAAAACUAUGCAUACUUGUUGAACUUUUUCCAGAAGGAACAAGUUAAAUGUGAGAUGCUUGCUUAGGGCAUGUCAUGGCGCUGGUUUUUUUAAAAAAGGUUUGUUUCUAAAUAAGACUCAUGGAAGAAGGCCAUCUGAACUUGCCACUGGUGAACCAUUCAGCUGUGUAGAUAAGUGUGAGUGCAAAACACUGGCAGCAUAUGAUGGGGUUGUGUGCUUCUGGAUGAUGCCCAGCAUUCUUUCCCAUGUGCAUCAUUCAUGCUUCUGCAAGUGUGCUCUGUUUCCCCCCCUCUGUCAGACAGUUUUGAACAUAUGCUUUAGGCAAAAAUAUGAGGGGGGCUAUAUGAUAGAAAGAGAAAAUGUACUGUGUAACACCUACUCUGAGAAGCACUGGGGAGGAUGAGGUAACAUACUCUGCAUUAACCUCACCAAAGAAUUCCACCAGUUGUCCAGAUGGACUAGCAAGCAUCUUGCUUAUCAGUUGCAAAGUCCUGGGGUGGAUGGCAUGUAGUAGCUUCUCACAGUAUGGCACAAGUAACUGGACUGACAAGGAGUAACAAGUUGAGGGUUAACAUUAGAAUGAGUGUUCUACUGUAGGACCGAGUACACCUCUUGGUUUCCACUCCUGUUCACUUUGUGCAAAAGGUUCACCACAUAUUCUUGAAGUGUCCUAGAGUUGAGCACCAAAGUCAGAACAAUUUUUUAAAAAUUUGAAGACACAUUACGCUAAUUGAGUGACUCAGAAGGCUGUAUGUGUCACAUCUGUACAAUACAUGCAGUGUUUACUCUUCUAACGUCUUUAUUUUAACUUAGGGUUGUACUGUGAGUCUAUGAUAGUUGUGGUGGUAACCUUCACAAAUUCAUAUAUCUGCUGAUAAAGCAACACAGACAAGAGAAUCUUGCAUUUCAGUCCUGGUAUAAAGACAAAGGGAGGUCAUGAUAUAGAUUUAGGUCUUCUGAUCAUUCAGAGUCAUUUGAUGCUCUGUUAAGGUGACCAUGCCGCUUCUUGGCCUUAUCAAGCCAUGUGGUUUUGCUUCAGGGAGUUAUGACACUUUCCCACUUGUUAGUGCUCUUUGUCUUCAAGUAAUAAAACUUCUUUUAGGAGCACUAAACUGCUGAACUGGUUCUCAGACAUGUUUCUUAUUUGAAAUUGUUUUGUAUUCUGGCUCCUUUUAAAAAUCACAGUCACAGAUGCAGAGUAGCUACUUUAUCAAAAGAACAUGUUCUGAACAGUUUUACAAAAAAAUUUCAGUGAUAAAUAUGCUGUUUGUUAAAUACUUUAAGCCAGUGCCCAAGCACCUUUUUGGCACCAGGGACCAGUUUCAUGGAAGACCAUGUUUCCAUGAACCAGUAUGCGGGGGACGCGGCCACCCCAGGCUCCCCCCAUCCAGGCCCCAUCCCUGCCCCCCAUGGGGGUCUUUAAAUGGGAGGGGAGCCGGGGGCUUUUUCUGCCACCUCCCUGCUGCGUGGCCAGGCAGCAGAAGGCCAAUCUGCCUCCCCCUCCCAUUUAGAGACCCCCGCCAAUCAUCUGAGCGAGGCUGUGUUGCCUCUUUUGUCUGCCCAGGUCCCGGGCAGGUGGGGGUGGUGCAGCGGCCCAGUUGCUAGCAGGCCAUGGGUCUGUGGCCUGGUAGUUGGGGGACCCUUGCUUUAAGCAAACUGCUCAUCAUGCCUGAGCAGCCCAUACAAUGGAGAUACUAAGAAAUCAAUAUAGCAUUUGAAAUCCUGUCAGCAGCCUUAGUGGUGUUGCUUCUUUGUUUGGUUCACAAGAGGACACAAUCAAAACUCAGAGGUGUGAUUAGACUGGUUUGUUUUUUAACAUUGUAACAUUAAUUUAUGGCUGAGUUUCAUUCAGCCCUGUGUUCAGCUAUACAAUAAAUCCAGAUAUUGGCAAUAUUUUUUUGUGUUCUCUGUAACGUAGUACAUCUUAGAAUAGUACACUUGUAAAUGGGGAAAGGCAAGCAAAAGCCUCUAAAACGAGUAUUUUGUGGUCAUGUACAACACAAAUUAAUUUUACACAGAGAAAGGUUUCUAGGAAAUGAAAUUCAGAUAAUUAAUAAUAUUUGUUUGUAUGAAGAAAUAAAAUAUAUUUUACCAUA